GGAUUCAUAAUAGUAUCAUUGAGUUAAAUGUUCAGUUUGGUUCAAUGCCAGUUUUACAAGUUAUUGGGAAUGAAAUUCUUAACGAUAAUCAAUGGCAUCAAAUUUCUGUAUCCCUAGAAAAAAAUAUAAUGAAAUUGAAGGUGAACCAAAAGAGUAUUACUACUCAUCAAUAUUUAUCUGAAGUGGAAUUAUAUGAACCUUUCACUUUUGGUUCAAAUUCUCAAGGUCAUACAGGUUUUGUUGGAUGUAUACGUAAUGUUCACAUUAAUAAAAGAUACUUAGAUAGUCGUAUGUUAUUAAAUAGCACUACAACAAGUAGAAAAGUGUAUUUAGAUAAUUGUCAACUAGUCAAUCCCUGCAGAAAUCCAAAUGUUUGUGAACAUGGUGGAGCCUGUUUUCUGGCUGAUGGAAAAAUAUCAUGUAAUUGUAGUAAUACUGGUUAUACUGGGAAAACAUGCCACUUCUCAAUUAACCGACGUUCGUGUGAAGAGCUAUAUCUUCUUGGUUAUAGAAAAUCUGGAGUAUACACUAUAGAUAUUGAUAAAAAUGGACCUUUUCCACCCAGUAAUGUUAAAUGCAAUAUGGAUGAUGAUAAAAAUAUAAUUACAGAAAUUGAAAAUAAUGUUAUGACAGAAAUGAUAGCAAGGAAAAGUUCAAUGGAAGAUUUUUAUGUUGAUAUUACAUAUCGGGAUUUUACAUCAGAAAUGCUUCAACAUUUCGUUUCAAAAUCUAAAAAAUGUUCUCAAAAAAUUAGAUAUGAAUGCUAUAAAGUUCCAUUUGGGUUGAUGUCACUCACUUGGUUGCAAUCAGCAAAAGGGUCAUUAGUAAAGAAAAUAAAUUCUGUACCUAGACAAUGCAUUUGUGAUAAUGAUAAGAAUUGUAAUAAGAAUAUAUUUCCUUGUAAUUGUGAUGUAAAAUCAGAUCGUUGGUAUAAUGACAAAGGAGAAAUAACAAAUUCUGAAGACAUUCCUAUUACACGUAUUUAUGUUAUUCAGCCUAAAGAUUUUCCACAUGAUGGAGAAGCCCAUCUUAGACUGAGUGCACUUCAGUGUAUUGAAACAGGUGAGAAUAUUAAUAAAUGGUAAAUGUACAGUGUAUUG